UUCUUCCAUACAGAGAAUCGUGUGCGCAGGUGCCUGAAGUAGGAAGUGUCAUUUAAUAAUUUUUCGGGAACUCGGUCUGCCAGUCCCAGACCAUGAACUACGUGGGGCAGCUGGCGGAGACUGUGUUUGUGACGGUCAAGGAACUAUACCGGGGCCUUAACCCGGCCACGCUCACGGGGGCCAUCGAUGUCAUCGUGGUGCGCCAGCCCGACGGCAGCCUCCAGUGCUCGCCGUUCCAUGUGCGCUUCGGCAAGCUUGGGGUGCUGCGCUCCAAGGAGAAAGUGGUGGACAUUGAGAUCAAUGGGGAGCCAGUUCACCUGCAAAUGAAGCUGGGGGACAACGGAGAAGCUUUUUUUGUGGAGGAAAAUGAGGAUUUUGAGUCCAGAGUGCCAGCCCACCUCUGCACGUCGCCCAUCCACAUCGAGCUGCCGGAGGGUUCCGAGGAAACCUUUGAGGGGCUCCCCAGUUCCGGAAGCACACGAAGGAAAAAGCGGCGGCGCAAACGCAUACGCUCCGACUCCCACCUAAGAGAAGAUGGUAGCUCCUCGUCCGACGAGAGAGAGAGGGAGCAGUCAGGAGAACAGGAAGAAGAAGAGCCCACCACGCCCAUGCUCGCCAGUAAGUCUGUGUACUUCUCGCUGUCUGAGGAGCCACAUGAAGAGUUGGUGGUCAUGCAGAUCAGGGACGUCCACCCUCACUCAGACGGAGAGGGGUCCCCCUCAGAGAGUGUGUUCUAUAGUCGUCCUUCCUCCCCCAAGAGUGACUCUGAGCUGCUGGUGAAGCCUCCGGAGUCUUCAGGGCCUCAGAUGCAGUGGAACUGGGGCGGCUUUCCCGAGAUGUGUCCAACGGAGAGAGGGAGGGUGGAGGUGCAGCAUGUCUCCCCUGGCGUCCGCUGCUCCGACAGCUCCCACUUCCGCACCAUCAAGCGGCAGGAUUCCUUUGACAUGGGCCUGGAGCCCGUGGUCAGCUGUGUCCGAGCGAGCAGUAGCGUGGCGGUGGUGGUCAGGCCCAUGCCCAGGACCGGACCAGCGGUCCAACCCACAGAAAGUUCCCCCAUAGACCUGGAGAGAGCCUCCAAUAUGGCCCACUCCACCCCGAAUCACCCCACCUCAGAGCUGCUCUCAGAGCCGCUAACAUUGGCAUCAUUAGCGAUGGCUAGCAUAGACUCGCCCCAAGCCCCAGGGCCUAGAAAAAUGGAAACGCAGCCACAAGUAGAGACCCAGCAGGCAGGGGAUGAAGUAGCCGAGGAGUCCCCAUCCAACCCGGAGCUGGAAGACUCCAUAAACUCCCUGGCUAACAAAAUUAGCAUUGCUAAUGUAGGCGAUACUGAUAGACAAGCUAGCGAAGUAAGCACAGCAAAUGUUGAAUGUGUAGCUAACAUGGUUAGCCAAGUUGAAAACGACUGUAUAGACACACACAUCCCAUCCAGAAAAGGUAGCAAAGCUGCCACAAUCAGCGCAGACAGGCUAGCUAGCAACAGCACAGCUACUUUAGCUUUAACUAACAAGGCUAGAUUGGCUAACACAACUAGCUAUGCCAGUGCAGCCAACUUAGGUCCCAUUACCACAGAGUGUCUGGGUAGCAGAGCACACCCAGACCAUCACAGUGCCUUUCCAGAACCCAAUGGACAGGGGCCAGGAGUUGUCUUGAGUGAGGGCGACAGCGGGAUUGAGCCCUGCACCGAGGGAGGGGAGGAGACAGAGAACGGAGUUGUAAUGACGUCCAGAGCCACAGACCACUCCCUGACCAAUCAGGCUGCAGAGAGUAUUGGAGUGACAGAUGUGUUAGCCACUGAGGCUCUGAGGGAGGAGCAGUCUAGCUCAGCAGAGCACCAGGACAAGAAGAAAGGUAAACGCAGUCAGCACCUGGGACCCUCCGACAUCUACCUGGAUGACUUGUCUAACCUGGACCCAGAGGUGGCAGCACUCUACUUCCCACCUAAAAGUGAGGCAGAAGGAUGCUCGCGGCCCGGUGCGGAGCAAGGGUCCAGUUCUGGUAACCAGUCUCCACAGUCGGUGGGCAGUGGGGCCAUGGACAGCGGCACAGAGUACCUGUCCGACUCUACCACCGACCACUUGGAUGUUAGCAUGUCCCUCUGCGGCCGCACCGGCCACACCAGCCAAAUCAACAAAGAUCAGUUUAUGGAACAUGUUGUGAACUACCAGGAUAUGGUGAGCAACCCUGGAAUCAUCGAAGAUCCAAACCUGGUUAUCUGCAUCAACUCAAAGUAUUAUAACUGGGCAGUGGCUGCCCCUAUGGUCCUGUCAAUGCAAGUUUUUCAAAAGAAUCUACCAAAGAGUGCCAUUGACCAGCUGGUGAAGGACAAGAUGCCCAAAAAGUCUGGCCGCUGGUGGUUCUCCUGGAGGAGGAAGGACAUGGACACUAACCCAAACCAGACUGGAGAGAACUCUAAGCAGGACCAAGAGGAGGCACAUGCAGAGACUGAAGUCUCAACCUCUGUGUCUGUCACUGGUCCCUCAACAAACAUACUGGCGACUCUGGAUGACCUGACUAGUGACGAGGAGGCGGGCCUAGGCAGAGUGGGCAACCUAUCAUCAGAGACCUUAGAGACCAUAAACACUGGCCAGUGUUUUAGCCACAUGUACCGCAAGUCCCUACGCCUCACCUCCGAACAGAUAGAGCAGUUGAACCUGCGUGAGGGGGCCAACAAGGUUAUGUUCAGCGUGACCACUCAGUACCAGGGCACCUGUCGCUGCGAAGCCGCCAUCUACUUGUGGAACUGGGACGACCGCGUCGUCAUCUCAGACAUCGAUGGCACCAUCACAAAGUCUGAUGCCCUGGGUCAUAUCCUACCUCAGCUGGGGAAAGACUGGACACACCACGGCAUCGCCCGUCUCUACCACAAAAUCCACCAAAACGGCUACAAGUUCCUGUACUGUUCGGCACGGGCCAUCGGCAUGGCCGACAUCACCAAGGGCUACCUGCAGUGGGUGAACGACAAAGGCACUGUCCUCCCCAAGGGCCCCGUGCUGCUGGCCCCCAGCAGUUUCUUCUCUGCCCUGCACAGAGAGGUGGUAGAGAAGAAGCCGGAGGUGUUCAAGAUCGCCUGCCUCACUGACAUCCGAGACCUGUUCAACCCCCAGAGGCAGCCCUUCUAUGCAGCCUUUGGUAACAGGACCAAUGAUGCCUAUGCUUAUAAGGAAGUGGGUGUCCGUGACACCAGGAUCUUCACUGUGAACCCCAAGGGAGAACUCAUCCAGGAGAAGAACAAAGGCAACAAGUCCUCGUACACUCACCUGAGCGAGCUGGUGGAACACUUCUUCCCUAUGAUCUCUGAGGAUGGGAUGUCGUCCUCCUUCGACUGCCCUGAGUUCAGCCACUUCUCCUACUGGAGAGAGCCCCUAACACCACUGGACCUGUCCUCUCUGGACUAGACACACACACACACACCACUGGACCUGUCCUCUGGACUAGACACACACACACUCUGUCUUUCUUUCCUCCUCUUUCUCUCUAUCUUUUUCCUUCUCUCUCAUCACCCCUUUUCUCUCUCUCUUUCGAUCCCUUUCUGAAUUCAGAAAUUGUUUUAAUAAGCAUUCAUGGUCUGGAAUAUUGUAGAUGUGCAAGGUUCUCAUUUAAUAUACUCUAUAUUAUUAUAUUCUGUGUCGAUUCAUCUGAUGCAAUAGAGAACAAAAUUGAAGUGUCUGGCUUUCCACACUUGCUGGGACACACACAAGCACAGAGCAAAAUUUAGACCAAAUAUGCACCGAUGACAUACAUUUUACGCAACACUGUGACUUCAUAUUGUGCAGUACAUGAUUGCAAAAAGAUAUGCUGCACUGGCCAUACCAUAUUGCCAUUAUCCAAAUGAUACUGGCAAUUUGGGAAACCCUUGUGCUGCUCAAGAAUUCAAUUUAUAUUUACAUUUUAGUCAUUUAGCACAGGGUUUCCCAAAUUGUCCAGUAUUGGGGAACAUCCCACGCCCCCCUUCAUGCACAAGCCCUGUUCAUGACACAAACUGUUCACACCCCUCUUGUUGUGGGCUUAGUUUAAAACCUGUACUCCCUGUAGUUCAUUGCAGUACUUAAAGGGAUAGUUCACCCAAAAAAGUAGACAAUAGACUGACAGACUGCGGUCCACUCUUCCCAAGUGAUGGUGGAACAUUGAACGUCUACAUGACCUAGUAACCAUUCUUAAUGUUUUACAUGAGAUUAGUAAAAAAGUAAAAAUAAUUAUAGCGCUCAAAUGUGAUCAAUGUAAAAGAAAAACUAUAGAAAGCAACGUGUGUGCAUGUUGACUCCAAAGAGGAUAUUGUGGCUCAGACAAUACUGUAAGUGUAACCCAGAGUUAGACCAAAAGGACUGCUGCUUUUGACUGGAAGCAAGCUUUUUUUAUCUAGUUUAUGUUUGACUUAUGUGGAGCUCUGGCAUCACGGGUUUGGUAGCAAUUGGAUAUUCAUUAGCUAGAGUUUGGUGGAGGUUUGUUAUGGGAGAGAUCUGAGCAGAACGUGUGUUGCUACUACAAGUUAACAGCAGGCUCGGGUCACACCUCUCCCUUCAAGGUACUGCACCACUUGGUUUUGUGCACAGCCAUAUGGAUAUCUAUAUAUGCUUUCGAUAUGGUUUUAAACUAGGCCCUAUGUGAAUUUGGGGGGUUCCGUUUCAGAUACAUUCCAGGGUUGAGUGAAUGGACUGUUUGGGUAAUUGAAAUGGCCAUGGUCUGGUCUGACAAGGUGCCUUUUUUGCUUAUAUAUGAUUUAUAAACUUUCAUAUUUAAAGGGAUACUUCAGGAUUUUAUCUACUUUCCCAGUGUCAGAUGAACUAAUGCGUGCAGUUUGAAGGAAGUUGCUAACUAGCGCUAGCACACGUAGUCAGUUAACUGGAAGUCUUUGGGUAUCUGCUAGCAUGCUAGAAGAUACCCAUAGACUUCAAGUCAUUGCGCUAAUGCAAGUUAGCAUUGGCUCA